AUGGUUAACUGUGAUACAUUUGACAACUUGGUGGACAAUUUAAAGUACAUUCUUUCUGAUGAAAAUUAUACAAUUUGGAUAAAUUAUAUAGGUGGCGACAAUGAAGUAUUAGUCAACGGAGAAUUUAUAACAAUUCAAAAUUAUUUAGAAUCAAGUGAUGUAACAUAUUUAUACUCAAUUCCAAUAAAUAAUUCAAAUUAUUCUAUUUAUUCUACUAAUAAAUUGUUCACUGUUUCGAAUACAAUAUAUACAUUUUUAAAAUGUAAGUAUUCUAUUAUAGUUGCAAGAUUACUCAAAUUUAUUUAUAAAUCUAUUGAAUCAUGUCAACUUAUUCAACACCCAACUGACCAGGAGGAUUUAAUAAUGAAUUGUUUUGAACUAACUUUAGAUAAUUUCAAAAAUGUGAAACCAUAUUUUGCAAAAGCUAUUUUUCAAUUAUUCUAUUUUAAUGACUUAUCUCAAAAUCUCAAGUCUAGUGACCAAACAUUGUUAAUGUCAUUAUUGACUAUCAAUACAUUUUUGUAUAACGAAGAUAUAACACCCAAUUAUCAAAGAUCAUCAAGAGAAUAUGGUAAAAAGAAAACCCUCAUUUACACUAACGGUGUCAAACAACAUUUUAAUAAAUUGGUUACUCGAUUGAUUUAUUCAUUAGAGAACUUUUUAUGUAAAAAUUGCAUGUAUUCUUUUGAAGACUUGGAUCAUGAUAAUGGACACCAUAAUAUAUAUCGUGACACUAUAUCUGAUUCAACCAGAAAUGACAUUAAUACGCAAAUUUCCCAAUUUAUGAAUGUUACCUACUUCAUGGUUUUGAAACAGUUGAAUAAUUUAAAAUUGAAAAAUGUGGAGGUAGAUUUUGAGAACUGUAGUGACAUGUAUGACUUACAGUAUAUGUUACUUAAUAAAGUUAUAAGUAAUAUAAGUGGUAUUGAAUCUCUACUUAUGGAAUUUAAAAUGAAAACAAAAAUUAACAAAGUUGAAACCAUUAAAGACGUAGAAAAUAGUUACAACAUAAUAAAAGUAUUAAAAUAUCAAAUAUAUUUAAUUGAGUUCAUCGGGAGCAUAUUUUCUGCGCAAAUUCAAUAUUACGCCACACUUAAUAAUAAGUCUUUUAAAUAUGAAACUGAAUAUGUCUCUGUUAAUCUUAAAAAAUUAAUCGAUUCUUUUAUUCAAUACACUGAUAAUCUUAUACCUGAAAACUAUCCUCCGAUUUUGCUAUCGUUCAUAAAUGUAUUAAAAAACGCAUUACUUACGGAUCUUAAUCAAUCUGAAUCUAAUAAGGUAUUAUUACUAUCUGAAAAAACACAACAAUUAUUAAAGAGCAAUUCAACGAUUUACACGAAAAAGGAAAACGUUCAAUUGUGUUUGAAAGUAUCAUUGCCAGAUUUAAUUCAAAAUAUCAUAGGGUUUCAUCAUAUUAAUUCAUUUAAACAAACAUUUGAAAUACUUUUGCAAGAAUUUAGUACACCCGAUGAUUAUUAUUAUUAUUCAAAACAGGUUGAUAAUCAUAUGGAAAUAAAAGAUUCCAGUAAUAUUACACAAAUUGAAACAGAAACGUGUAAAAUCUUAGUGGAAAUACGAGAAUAUUUGUUGUUAGUGUGGUCAUUGAUAGACAUAGUAAAUACCAAUAAUUAUUUCACAUUACCUCCAUCUGACAAUACUGAUAAAAAAUUACUACAAGAAUACCUAACACCGUCUUAUGGUAACAUAUUUCAAUACAUGGCUCACGUUUAUAUAAAUACAAAUGAUUUACGACUUCAGAUGAUUUUGUUGCCGGUAUUGGUUCAUUUCAAAAAUACCGAAUGGAUUUUGUAUGAAGAUACAAAUCAAAUAUUAAAAAAAAUGACUAUAAUACAACGAACAUUAAUUUUAGCUGUAAAUUCGCUACAAUACUACGAAGUCAACAAUUGCCAAGAUGUACUAAUUAAUAAAAAUAUUGUAGAUAGAAUCAACACAGAUUUAGGAAAAAUUGAAAAUACUGAUAAGAUACACAAUAUACAUUUACAAAUAUUUUUCAAAACAAAAAUAUCGAACUACGACAAUUUAAAAAACCGUAAAUAUAUCAAUGAUCUUAUAGAUAGAUACACAUAUACUGAUAUAAUACAACGAAUGUACAUGACCGAUGUCCAAUUUUCUUGGUAUGGUAUAAGGAUGAGUAUGUUCAGCUUAAAUCAAGAUGUCUUACAAAAUAUUGUUGAUUAUCAACGUAUACUUAGAUUCCAAACACUUAUAUUAAAUUUUCUUGUAGCAAAAAUAUACACUCAACUCGAAUACAUUUUUAAAUUUCCGACGAAAUUGACUACGAAGAGAAUACAGGCAAUACGGAAAUAUUUGGGAGAACUUAAUGGUCUUAAACACUCAUUACCUCUGGUGUUGGAUUUACAGAAUAUUUGUCAAUCAUAUUCAAACAUAUUCGAGGAUGAAGAUAUUUCUUUUAAGAACAAAAAAUUAUUUCGAAACCAAAUAAAUGACCGAAUAAAAGCUUAUGGGGUGUUUGAAAUAGACGGAAAACACGAAUUUAAGACAUUUAACGAUUGUUACGCGUCGUUAAAAAAUGAUAUUGAAAAGUUAAAAAAAUAUUUAAUGCAUGCACCGCAUAAAAAAUUAUUGAUUUUUGUAGAUGAUCAUGCAGUACCAAUGACAUGGAAAGAUUAUACGAUUGGAUAG